AUGUAUUCGAUGGACAAUCUCGAACGAGAUAUGAUGAACCGGCAGUACAUGUAUGAAGCGCACAGUUUCCUGGGUAAUCCGGCAAUCCCGGCGUUGCCGCCGCAUUGUGGGGUACCGACCACAACGACGCUUCCGGCGGCGAUUCCGUCGCAAAUACCGUCAUCUCAUCAUCCAUCUGGUAGCACCGGUAGCACCAGCGGUAGCGAGCACUAUCUCUAUGACGAGAACAGCAGUGACAACGAGAGCGUCUACAGCAGCGAUCAGGAGAAUCACGCGAGAGAACGAAGUCGAAGUAAUCGGCGCGGCGGAUCGUCGGGAAAAUGUCCGAGACAGGUACAAGUUCAGCAACGGCAGGCGGCGAACAUGAGGGAGCGAAGACGAAUGCAGAAUAUAAACGAUGCCUUCGAGGGCUUGAGGGCUCACAUACCGACCUUGCCAUACGAGAAGAGGCUAUCAAAGGUCGACACGCUGAAGCUGGCAAUCGGUUACAUAAACUUCCUCAACGAGCUCGUCAGGGCGGACAAGGGUAACGACCCCUUGACGGGCAAUAGCGGUCUCUCGAGGUGUUCCAGUCGGGAUGAAUCUAAGAAGGUUAUAGUCCGUGGCAGCGGUGGGAAUCCAUUCAUCUCGCACUCGCUCUCAUGGUCGAGAAAGUCGGAUAUCUCACCAAACGGCACGAUGUACGCGAAAGUCUGGACGCCAGAAGAUCCGCGAACAUCGAAAAAUGGUACGACGUUCGAGUAG